AUGUUGAACCUUCAAACUCGAAAGUUCGCCGCCAUCCGCUCAAAAGAAUUUAUUAAAAGUAGGCAAGCUCUAGCUGACACCAGCUGGCGCGGUUCAGUUAUAAUACUCAUAAAUGCGAUGCUCGGAACGGCCAUGUUCAACCUGCCACUUGUCUACCAUCAAUCCGGAGGAAUUGUAGCGGCCACAGCCGUUGGGAUUAUCAUGAUCAUUCCAAUGAGCGCCAUCUCACUGGCAUUUGUCCACUGUGCCAGGAAACACAACUGCAAAUCAUACCACGAAGUCAUCUGUGAGUACUCCGGUAAUAAAUUCAACGUGCUGUGUUACAUCAUGUUCAUUGUCAACCUGUUCGGAGUAUGCAUGAUAUUUCUCAUUUUGAUUGGAGACCAGUGGGAAAAAUUCAUGCAAAUGCUGCAAAAGAACUCGGUGCCCAAAGAUCUCUGGUACAUGGACAGGAAAUUCGUCAUGACUCUCUCCUCCAUUGUCAUCAUUCUUCCUCUCUCUUUCUCCAAGAGGAUUGACUUCCUCAAAUAUGCAAGUUACGUUGGCAUUCUGGCAGUCGUGUAUUGUGUGGUGCUGGUAACUGUUAAGUAUUUCACGGGGGUGAAUAAUUCAAAGGUCGGCCCUCUGAGGCACUGGCCAGAACGUGCUACUGAUGUUUUCCUAGCAGUUCCGACAGUGGCUGUGGGAUAUCAGUGCAAUACAAGUAUUGUGUCAGUGUAUUCAUGUACUAGAGACCGAGAUCUCAACCACAACUUCACAAAGGCAGUUGUUCUUACGUUCGUAAUAUCAUUUGUUCUAUGUACAAUGCUCUCCGUAUUUGCCUAUUUAACGUUUGGAUCUUGUGUGCAGGCAGACAUACUCCUAUCAUACGAGGCAUCGCCAGAUGUCAUGGCUGCAGUUUUGUCGGUUGCUUUGAAAAUGUACAUGUCGUUUCCCAUACUGUUGUUCCUGGGAAGAAUGUCAGUUGAAGAAAUAUGCCAAAAGUUGAAAAACAUGAAAUCAGUUGGAACAGAAGCUGACAGUGGCACAAUUGAAAUGACCGCCGAAAAUUCAAACACCUGCAACAACGAACCUGCCGCCAUAACAAGCACCGAUGAUAAGUUGGAGGUGAGACGUCGGGUCAUGAUAACGUUGUGCUGGUUCAUUUCAACUUUGCUGACCUCUUUGUUCGUCCCUGACAUUGACAAGGUCAUUUCAUUCCUCGGAUUCUUUGCUGUAUGGUUUUCAUUCAUAUUCCCUGGCAUAUGCAUUCUGAGAUACAUGUUGAUGUACGACAAUGGGUACAAUCGCAUCGACAACUUGGACUCCAACACAAAUGAUUACCAAAGCCUUGACGGCCAAACUCUGAUUCCGUCAAAUGGAAAUGUUUUAAAAAGUAAAUGCAAAUGGUACGCGAAACUUGCACUGCCCAUCGUCUGCAUCUUCUUUGGAGUGUUCCUCUCAGUGAUGUCUUUUGUGCAAAGCGUCAUGAAGGUUGUCACUAUCAAUCCGACCGAUGCAAUCUGCCAAGAAAAUAUUAACGCCACAAUUAUUUAGCACCUAAGUUACAUUAUCAUUGUUAUAGGAAAUUAACUUGUAAGUUUGCAUAAUACAAAUGAAAUGGAAUAUAUUUUGAUAUUUAUUUGCCGAAUACUUUAACUUUUUUGAAAUAAUUUGAUGAGUUAUCUAUAUAGAUUUUCACAUAUUGUAAUUGCAUUUAUUGAAGCUCGUAUUUAUCAACAUGAUUUAAAAAAACAAACAAACAAACUGAAACUGAAAAUGCUUGAAGAAAUACUUUCUCACAAUUCUCUUUUUUUUGUUUUAGGUCUGAAAUUAUUUUAUUUUGUUUUGUUCUUCUGUUCGAGUAAUUGAAAAACAUUGUAAAACACUUUUACUCUAGUUAUUUUGGAAACUAAAAACCUAAGCCUGUCUGACUAAUUUAUUUCUAUUUAAUUCUAGUUUUCAUGGUCAUAAAAAUUUCUUUUUAAUUUGUUUUUGUUCAAAUAUAUUAAUAAAUAUUUCAUUACUUUUAUUCAUUGGUUGCGUUUCAACCAAAUUUUAUUUAAAUUUGUUCAAAUG